UUCCUCACAUAUAGUAUUUUCUCAAGUCACAAAAAGUUAAUUAAAAUUCCCAACUUCUUUAAUUUUGUUUCUUCCACAUUUAAAUCAUUAACAUGAAUAAUGGCUGCAACGAGGAGAACAACUGCUGCUAUUUCCAUCCAAGAGAGGUCGUCGUUGGGGUUUGCCCAUUUUGCUUGAAUGAGAGGCUUCUCAUGUUGGCCUCAAGCCAUCAAGGCCGUCGUCGUUCAUCAUCAUCAUCAUCAUCAAGAUGCAAGACAACCACUUACAAAGCUCAUCAAAACGACAAUAUUCAUCACAUCAACAACGUCAAGAAGCCCCCCAUUAACUUCCAGAAGAUCUUCGAUUUCAGCUCGCUUCUUCACCGCCUCGAAUUCCGGCCUUGGAAGCCUGAGAAUUUCUCCUAUGGCGAUCAUGAUCACGAUGUUUCCACCAGUCAAGAAGAUUCUUUCAUAUCAAUCAAGUUUGAGGACAAUGGAAUGGCCUCAUGGGAAAAGAACAACAACAAUAAUACAGUGUCAAAAGUGUCACUAGAGAAUUGCAAUGUGCCAUGGAAGAAGAAUCACAGCCUUGGCAAAGAACAAGCUGAGACCAAGACUGUGAUAGAGCAUGGGAAACCACGUGCCUCCUCGCUGAGGUGGCGCAAGCGGAUUGGUCACCUCUUCCAGCUCAUGAGAUGGAAGAAGUCCAACAAAGGGACAGUUUGCCAUGUUAGCAGCAAGGUGGAAGGUGUCAAGGUAAGGAAGGGCUGGAUAAGAACUCUGACAAAGAAGAGGACCAUGUAAUAAAGGCAUUUUGUAGAGAAUGUGACACCAAUUAAUGGUUUUUUCUUUCUUUUCUUUUUUUUUUUUCUUUUUUGUCUCACAAAUUGACUGUAAAGUCAUGUAUUAUUGGAAAUGUGGUAGAGUCAAAUUGGUACUUUAGCACUCUUAAAGAUUGUGUUUUCUCUUUUGCUUUG